GCCAUGGCGGGGGUAGCUGGGUCGGGGGUCGAGCUGGGCAGCGUCUUGGUGCAGGUUCAAGAAGAUCUUCAACAGUUGAAGGAACAACUGCGAGAUUUCAGCCAUGACUGGGAAACAACAAAUGCUGAAAGUCUAGAAUCGAUUGUUGAGAAGGCAGAGAACAGGCUGAGGGACCAUGCAGAAAAGUAUUUAAAUGCAGUGAACAGAUCAGUGCUAACUAUUUUCCCGGCGGACGAUGUAGAACGCUCUUCAAGGCAAAUUUCCAAAUGGGGAAUCCCCCUGGAGCCUUCUCAGAAAGCGAUCACUUUCCCCAAGAUGCCCGUGAUCACCCCUCCUGGCGCUGCAGCCCUGCCUCCAGCCUCAUCCUUGGGCUCAAAGCACAAGCUUUCCAUGAUGAUGAAGAUUCUGUGUGACCCAAGGCACAUAUACCACCGAAGCAUCGUAAAUCAGAACUAUGGCGUCAGUUUGCCGUUGGUUAAUCGGAGGAAAACAGCAUGUGCACCAACGCAGAAGAUUGCGAAAGGGGUGACCGUCUACAACCUUCCCAUUGCUCCCUCCUCCUCCUAUUUGAGCCACAUUCACUCUGCCUUGCCUAUUACCGAGAAGGAUGGAGAGAAAGGCAUCCUAAAUCUAAUUGAAAGAGGGCUGAUCCCACGGGCUGCUAGGAUUACUCUAAAGAAGCCGCCCAUCCUGCCAAAACCUGUCCUUCUCCACGAAUUUCAGGCCAAGCACAAGAAGGUGGACGCAGGCUUUGUCUGGACCCACAUGGCUUCACCCGAGGGCUGGCUGAUGCACUCUUGCCAGGCCAGGUGGCAAGAAAACCGACCAGGUCUCAGUUCAACGUGGCUUCUGGGGUGGGCAAAUGAUACGUCUGAGGAAUUUGAGCACCCUGCCCUUUUCAAAGCCCCCUUUAUCUGUGCCGUAGACCGGGCUCGGCAGAGCAAGAAGGUAGAAGCGGCUCCCCUCCCCUCUCAAAAGGCCACCCAGGUCUCUGAGGGCCCAGCAGAAGGCGGAAAGGAGAAGAAAGGAACCAAGGGCAGCAUUGCCCCACCGCCAUCUUGCAUCUCCGUCAUGUCCUCCAAGAAGCUCAAACAGCAGCAGCUCCUUCAAGCGAUGAGACUAAGGGAGUCAGCCGCCUCUUCGGCUUGCAUGGCCAAGCCCCCAGAAGAGGUACCGCCGGAGACCUUCAAGAAAGUGGCCUUUGAGUUUGAAAUCCCGGUCUGCAAAGGCGUCCUGGACUACGCGGCGCCCGACCUGGUGCAGUUCAAGCAGUACUGCUGCCUCUUCUGGGGCAGCGUCUUCUCCUUCCUGCAGCAGGUGGAGGCUCUGAUGAAGGACUACGCCGUCCCCCUGGCCAUCGUCCUGGGGAAGAGAGCCAUGGACCUCGUCCCGCACUUCGAGCUAAGCCAGAGGGCCACCCGGGAGGAAAUCCUCUCGGUCUUAAAGAACGUGUCCACCGUUCAGAAGCUUUUAAAGCAGCCCGGCCGGAGGUACAAAGGCGAAAACGGGACCCAAAAGGCGGCCACCAAGAUCCAGGCGACGUGGAGGUGCUACAAAUUGAGAAAGUCCUACAUUGGGUUCAGGCAUCGGCAGUGGGCCUCAGGCAUCAUUGCCAUUUCUUGGCUGAUCCACGUUCACCUGAAACGGGUCCGAAAGACGCUGAAGGAAUCUCGGCAGAAACACCUGGAGAACUUCCGCCUCAGGAGCACGCAUCUGGCCGCCAACUGGAAUCGCAUCAGGAGCUCUAGGAGGACGAUUAUCCAUAUCCCAUCGUUAGGUAGAGGAACGCUUUUGUCUCUGGGUCUUUCAGCAACCCCUAUUACACACCGCAUUAUGACUCCUUGA